AUGUCGAUUUUGAGCAUUGACACCGUCGUCACUCUGUCCAAGUGGUUGAUCUUCAAUCCUUUGCUCAGUGUCGCCUACUUGGUCGCCCUUGGUUGCGACAGAUACAGCUGCAAGACGUCCAACGAAUGGCUUCAGCGUCGACUGCAUGCCUCUCGCAAUCUUUUGCCGGAUGAUCAACGCCACCAGACAUGGAUUGGGAUUGCAGCAUUUGGUGUUCUGCUGGCAUGGUGGCUGGUGCUCUCCUCUCACCUAUGGUACAAUCGUAUCUAUCUACGUCCAAUCCGUAGCAGGGAGUGGAAGGAUGAGCUUGUGGUCAUCACCGGCGCUUCAUCCGGCAUCGGAUAUCGCACAGCCUUGCGCUUUGCAGCAAAGGGCGCCAGUGUCGUCGCUAUCGAUAUACAAAAGCUUCCUACCUUUGGCGCGCAGAAUGCAUCUUCAUCCUCAUCGAUAGACGCUUCAACACGCAACAACAUCUCGGCCUACAUCUGCGAUUUGGCGUCCGAAGAAGCGCUCGCCAAAGUGCUCAAGUCGAUCCUUGCUAUUCACGGUACACCCACAGUGAUCAUCAACAAUGCCGGCUUUACCCAUUCGCAGCCCAUCACACUCCUCUCCUCAUCGCAACUCUCGCGUCUCGUCAACGUCAAUCUUACCUCGCACCUGUGGAUCCUCCGACACUUGCUACCGCACAUGAUCCAGCGCGUCAAGCAGGACGGAAAAAGUGGACAUAUUGUUUCAACUGCAUCAGUUAUGGGCCAUACGGGUGUCUCGCAGAUGAUCGACUACUGCGCUUCCAAGCAUGGCGUCGUUGGGUUGCACAAGGCGCUUCGAUAUGAACUCGAUUACUGUCAUCGUUGUCCACAGAUUCGCACAACUCUGCUGGUGCUCGGGCACGUCUGCACGCCGCUUUUCGAGGGCUUACCUUCCAAUUUUCUGGCACGCUUCUUGGGACCAUCGGUGCAUCCAGAUGCAGUGGCAAAGCGCAUCGUUACAGCUGUACAGAAGAGACGUGGUGGCACAAUAGCAAUGCCCUGGUAUGCCAAUUGGUCAGAAGUGUUUGCACUCUUACCUAGCUGGGCUGCUGACUUUGCUCACUGGCUGCUAGCAUCCAAUACCAGCAUGGAUGGCAUGAACAAGGCGCGUCAAAAGCAAGCAUAA